AUGAAAAGGAAAUACUUAUGUGGUCAUAAUCGUCCGUUGACGCACGUGAAUACGAAUUACGAUGGGGACUUACUGUUUACCACAGGCAGGGAUAAAAAGUUCAUUUUGUGGAGACUGGCCGAUGGGAAUCAAAUAGGACUCUACGAGUGCAGCGGGGCCGUGUACAACUCCGAUGUGACAUACGACAGCAAACGGAUCGCAUGCUCCUCCGCCGCGAACAAGGUUUACAUAUUCGACGUGUACACAGGAGAGACACUCACCGUAAUGGAAGAAAAUGGACCUGUGCGUUUUGUAGAGUUUAACAAAAAUCCGUUGGAUCAAAGUAAGUUAAUUGUUGCCACGGACAGACUGAAGGCAGAACAUAAACGGUUCAUUAAGCUAUAUGAUUUAAAAAGUAAUUCAGUGGUAUGGAAACAGGAACACGAGAGUAGGUGUAUCCAAGUGAGGUGGUGUUUUUUCGAUAAACUUAUUUUAUCAGCACACGAAAAUGGAGAGAUAGUAAUAUGGAACGCUGAGGAUGGACAUCAAAUGAGAAAAAUACAAGCUCAUUCUAAGGAGGUGACAAACAUGGCAUUCGACAAGGACAGGAUGAUAAUGCUAACAUCGUCAUCUGAUGGAACAGCAACGUUAAGGGAUGCAAUAAAUUUUGACGUGAUAAAUGAGUAUACAGCGGAUAGGCCACUCAACACGUGUGAUAUCUCUCCUCUUUUUAAGAAUGAAAACAACCCAAAAAAUCACAUAAUUUUAGCUGGUGGUCAGGCAGCUGAACAUGUUACAACGACUGCCACGGGGGAGGGUAAGUUCCAGACACUGCUGUAUGACAUCAUCCAUGCAAACGAGUUGGGAAGCAUCAAGGGCCACUUCGGAACUGUGCAUUCUAUCAAAUUCCUGCCACACGGCGACGGGUUUGUCUCCGGGGGAGAAGACGGCUUCGCAAGGAUUUACCACUUCGAUAAGGACUACUUUAUUGGCAAGUAUGACUAG